UUAAAUCUCAGACAAACUCAACGGACACUCACUCACUCACUUACAUUGAAACCAAGCAUUUAAUAUAAGCCUCUUCAUGUAGUAGUAAUUUUGAAUGCUCUCAUUCAUUGAAACCCACGAGAUCCUUGCUUCUCCUUCUUCAUCAUCAAUUUCUGUUUCAGAUCCGAUCUCAUUACACUUUCCUCCAUUCCACAAAUCUCUUCUUCAUCUUUCACUUUCUCAUCCAAGCCAACUAAGUUUCAGAGUUGAAGAAAAGAAAUACUAGUAUGCCUCAGGAGAGUAGCUUACCAAACUCAAUUUUCACAUCUCCAUCGAAGAGAAUAUUGAACUUGAAGGCUUCAGUUUUUAAUAACAGUGAUGUAACAGAGGAAAUCAACGAUCAUGAAUUGGCUCACAGGAAAGCAGAGGAAGCAGCAUCAAGGAGGAAUGAAGCAGCAGAAUGGCUUCGAGGAAUGGACGAAGUGGCUUGUGCGUCACUGUCGAGAGAACCCUCCGAACAAGAAUUUUGCCUCGCUCUUCGCAAUGGUCUCAUUCUCUGCAACGUUCUUAACAGAGUCAAUCCCGGUGCUGUACUCAAGGUGGUCGAUAAUCCACUCCCUGCCGUUCAUUCUUCAGAGGGACCCGCUCAUUCUGCCAUUCAGUAUUUCGAAAACAUGAAGAAUUUUCUUGAUGCUGUUAAGGAUAUGACUCUUUUGACCUUCGAAGCUUCUGAUUUGGAAAAGGGUGGUUCAUCAAGUAAAGUUGUGGACUGCAUUCUCUGUUUGAAAGGGUAUUAUGAAUGGAAGCUAUCAGGUGGAAUUGGGGUUUGGAGGUAUGGAGGAACUGUCAGGAUUACUUCUUUCCCCAAAGGAACUCCUUCUUCUUUAUUGGGCAGUGAAAGUGCUAAUGAGUCCCUUGAUGAGUCUCAGUCCUCACAAUAUAAACAGUUGCUUGAAUUUCUUCAUAUGUCUCCAGUGGUCUCAACUGAAGAAACCAGAACUGCAAAUGCUCUGGCUUUCCUGUUUGAUCACUUUGGACUCAAACUUCUCCUGGCUUACCUUAGCGAGACAGACGGGGUUGAAGAUCUUCCGCUCAAUGCAAUGGUAAUUGAUACUUUUCUCAGCAAGAUAGCAAGGGAUUUUUCUGCGUUGCUUGUUUCUCAAGGCACUCAGCUUGGAUUUUUGCUCAAGAAAAUAUUGAAAAGCGAUAUUGGUUGCCUAUCUAAGAGAGAAUUCAUGGAAGCUAUCACAUUAUAUCUUAAUCAAAGAAGUAAUUUGACGUCAGAUGAUUUAUCUAAAUUCUGCUCUUGUGGUCGGAAACGCGAUAGUACUCAACAUAAUGUCAAUUAUUCAGCCAAACAUGCUGAAAUAAUUGAUGCUCAGCAGAAACAACUUGAGGGAAUGAAAUACUUCUUGGAGGAGAUAAAACAGGAGGUCACACAGAUUCAAUCUGAAUGGGACCGAGAACUGAGGAGGCUCGAGGAUCAUAUAAAGAACCUUGAGGUGACCUCCUCUUCCUACCAGAAGGUUUUAGAGGAGAACGGCUCUCUUUAUAAUCAAGUGCAAGAUCUCAAAGGAGCCAUUAGGGUCUACUGUAGAGUGAGGCCUUUCUUACCAGGGCAAUCAAAUGGACAAUCUACAGUAGAUUAUAUAGGAGAAGAUGGAAACAUAAUGAUUGUGAAUCCCCUUAAGCAGGGAAAAGAUGCUAGAAGGGUAUUUUCCUUCAAUAAGGUGUUUGCAACAAAUGCCACCCAAGAACAAAUAUAUGCCGAUACUCAACCAUUGGUUAGAUCUGCUUUAGAUGGAUAUAAUGCAUGCAUCUUUGCAUAUGGACAGACUGGCUCAGGGAAGACCUACACCAUGAGUGGACCGGAUCUGAUGACUGAAGAGACAUGGGGUGUCAACUACAGGGCUUUGCGUGACUUAUUUCAUAUCUCAAAGGAAAGAGCAGAUGCAAUAAAAUAUGAAGUUAGCGUCCAGAUGAUUGAAAUAUACAAUGAACAAGUGAGAGAUUUAUUAGUCAGUGAUGGCUCUAACAGAAGAUUAGAUAUACGAAACAACUCUCAAUUGAAUGGUCUUAAUGUGCCUGAUGCAUGUUUGGUUCCGGUUAGUUGUACUCAAGAUGUUCUCGAUUUAAUGAAAAUUGGUCAGAGGAACCGUGCUGUGGGUGCUACUGCUCUAAAUGAGCGAAGCAGUCGUUCUCAUAGUGUGUUGACGGUUCAUGUCAGAGGAAGGGACUUAAUUUCUAAUUCAGUUCUUAAGGGUUGUCUCCAUCUUGUGGAUUUGGCUGGAAGUGAGAGAGUGGAGAAAUCUGAGGCUGUUGGUGAGAGAUUAAAGGAGGCUCAACAUAUUAAUAAAUCUCUUUCUGCACUUGGGGAUGUUAUCUCUGCUUUGGCACAGAAGAGUCAACAUAUUCCUUACAGAAAUAGCAAGCUUACACAAGUUUUGCAAGAUUCAUUAGGUGGUCAUGCAAAGACUUUGAUGUUUGUUCAUAUAAACCCUGAACUCAAUGCCCUUGGGGAGACAAUCAGCACGUUGAAGUUUGCUGAGAGGGUUGCAUCCAUUGAACUUGGGGCUGCUAAAUCUAAUAAAGAAACCGGUGAAAUCCGAGAGCUCAAGGAAGAGAUAUCAAAUAUCAAAUUGGCAUUGGAGAGGAAGGAAACUGAACUGGAGCAAUGGAAAUCUGGAAAUGCACGGAAUGCCGCAGAAGCUCAGAAACCAAGAGCUGUUUCACCUUUCGGUUUGCCCAAAUAUGGUAGCAGUGGCAGCAUGAAGCCUGAAAAUGGUCAAAGAUCCAUGGAUGAUAGAAGCUCUGAGGCUAAAAGUUAUUCUUCCAGUAAGAUUCGAAGGUCGAGAUUUCUCUCAACAUUUACAGACAAGGACUCGAUACCAAAAAUGUCUCUUGUAGCCGAAGAAAAGUUAGUGAGCUCAGGGAAGUGUAGAUCACCAUCACCUCCUAUCAGAAGAUCAAUAUCCACUGAUAGAGGAUCUGCGAUUAAAAGCAAGAUCAAAAUCGACACUAUAGAAAAUCAACCAAUUUCAAAGCAGCCAUUUGCAGCUAGAGUACCAGUAAAUAAAUCUCUUGUCACAGUGACAAUGACACCAUCUGUAGACAAUAACUCAAGGGUCUCACAAGAGCCAGUGAAGCAGAAUAGCAUUUCUGAACAACCUCUCUUUAACCUCCAGAAAGUAAGCUUCAGGAAAGUUCAUCAAGAACAUGAAGAGGAACAGUUCAAACAACCAUUUGGGGUAGUAAGACAAGGUGGUGUUAGGAAAAGCAAAGCUGACAAUAAGGUGAAGGCCAAACAUCUUCAACAGUCCCCCUUUAGUAUUCAAAAGACUGAUUUAAUACCUAAAUCGACUCCUGACAUGGAAUUUGCUGGUGAUAUUGUGGAGGCGCCUCGAAAGAAUGAUUACUUUGAGCCAGAAAAUGAUUUUAGUUUUAUGGAGUCUGCAGUCAAUGGUGUGGUAAAUGUUAAAAAGAUACGGCACAACAUCUCAAGGAAUUCGCAGAACAUUGAAUCAAGAGGAAUUGUGCAAGGAGCUGAACCAUUGUUGUCUAGUAAAGUUGAAAACAAGCUUUUAAAUGGUUCAGGUCGCAAUCUUAAGGAAGGUACUAAUACAUCCAUGCAUGAACUUAAGAGAAGCCGGUCGACACCACGAGGAAAGUUUUUUGUUUUAUAAUGAAGAUUUCAGGUUAAUAUAUAUAUUUUUUUUAAUUUAUACUGUACUAUGUAUAGUGAUUAUUAUGGAUGUGCAAGUUGGAGUGCUACCUCAGAUAAUUUUGUAUAGGCUUGAGAUCUUGAGGGGUCAGUUUGUGUGAUCUUUAUCUAUUUUUGUGUCUGUUCAUGCUCCUUUGUUAUUCAAAAUUUGGAUGCCUGUUACACAUCUGAAAUCAUGAACUGUUGUUCUACAUGACACAAUUUAUUUGCUUUUUAUGAACUCAACUACUCAUUAAAUAGUGUAAUUGGUCGUAUUUCACGACAAACAUUGACGCCAAUGUAAAACAAAUUUAUAAAA